AUGGCGGAUAACACCGUUCCACAGGCUUCCACCUCUGGUGGAAAUGCAAAACGCAAGUCGCCCAACCAGGAAGCACCAUCAAAAGCCAAGGCCAAGGUCAAACGGACCUCUAAGACGGCAGAGAAGCAGGCAGACAGCAGACAUAGAGCGUUGGAACGACAAUUUUCCAGAGCCAACAACGCACAACAGCUUCAGGCCAGGAUUUCCCCAGAUGAGUUGAGGGUACAUCAGGAUGUCACUAAGUUGAAAGCUGCUCUGGAAUAUAUGGCGGACGUGUCCCUGCAAUCGGCCACUUAUUCGGCCAGAGCCAUAGCCUCCAACGUAGCUGCACGGCCGGACCGCUCCUCGGACCGGUCCGGCUACAGGGACAGGCCAAAGCCAAAAUUCCAGGGUCCCAAGACUUCAGGGGGAUGGAGGACAAUACUCGAUCUCAAGACCCUCAACUCAUUCCUGGUGUACCAAAAAUUCAAGAUGCAAACCCUCCAUUCGAUUCUAGGCAGCAUUCGACCGGGGGAUUUCCUCACAUCCAUAGACUUGUCAGAAGCUUACCUCCACAUCCCCAUAAAUCCGGCUCACAGGCGAUAUCUCAGAUUCACAGGCGGGGAGAAGCCUGCUUCCCCCAGAGGGUACAGGUCCCAGUUCAGACCCUUCCCUUCUCUGGUGGCUAUCCCCGGCUUUGGACAAAGGAUCAAUGUUCAGGGAACCAGUUCGCAUAACCUUGACAACGGACGCCAGCUUAUUCGGAUGGGGGGCGCAUCUACAACAUCACUUAGCAUAGUGGAAGGCCGCCAUGUGCUAGUCCUAACGGACAACGUGGCGGCAAAGGCCCACAUCAACAGGCAGGGCGGAACUCGAUCUCGGGCCCUAAUGUCGGAGGCACAAUUACUGGGGGCGUGGGCGGAGAGAAAUCUUCUGUCCCUCAAAGCGGAACACAUUUCGGGGGUGGAGAACCGCCAGGCGGAUUUCUUGAGUCGGUCUAUAGUAGACCACACAGAGUGGCGUUUGCAUCCCCGUCUCUUUCGAGAGAUCACUCACCGGUUUGGACGACCUACUGUCGACCUGUUCGCUUCCCCGGUGAACGCCCAGCUUCCCCAGUUUCUGUCUCGAUACCCUUCUCAGGUUUUGGAAUACGCCGCUAUCCCAUCACCCAGCGGUCCGAUCCUUUAUCAAGGGCGUAACCAAUACCAGGCCUCCUGUGGUGCAUCGCGCAAGUGGCACUCCUUUGAUGUGCGCAGAGCACUGCGCCAUUAUCUUAAAAGAGCGGCCCCCUUUCGCAAAUCGGAGGCGCUGUUUGUGUCUUUCCGUCUAGGCUCCAAGGGACAGAAAGUUACCUCUUCUACGAUCGCCAGGAUUACCAAGCCAUUAACUUUUGCUGAUUGUGUUGGUGAUGAACUACCUUUAGGAUGGGAAACUGUUUAUGAUCAACAGAUUGGUGUUUAUUACAUGGACCACAUAAAUCAACUCACACAAAUUGAAGACCCAAGAGAGCAAUGGAGAAGAGAACAGGAAUGCAUGUUAAAGGAAUAUUUAAUUGUCGCUCAGGAAGCACUUAAUGCCAAAAUGGAAAUUUAUCAAAUUAAGCAGCAGCGAUUUGAGCUAGCACAAGAAGAGUAUCAACAAUUGAAUAAAAUGUGUGAGGAUGACAGUCGCUCUUAUGCAAGUACAUAUUCGGGAUUUUCAACCAACACUAAAUACAACCCAUCUCAGAUUAAAGCAGAAAUAGCUAGUCGACGUGAUAGACUUUCUAGAUUAAAGAGAGAAUUAACACAGAUGAAGCAAGAACUACAGUACAAAGAAAAAGGAGUAGAAACACUACAAGAGAUUGAUCGGAAGAUGUCUAAUUCUCAUAUGAAUUAUAAAUUGGAUGAAGCCCAAGCAAUAAUGAAUGAACUUCGAAGCAUCAGGAAAGCCAUAUGUUUGGGUGAAAGAGAAAGGCAAGAUUUAAUGCAAAGUCUGGCCAAGCUGACGGAUGGAUUCAGAAAUAGUUGUUGCAUUACAGAAUCUUUUCAUGAUCUUCAGCACAAUUCUGGUUCAUUCAAUGACUCCAAUCUAUCUCAACUAUAUUGUGAUGCUUGUUCUCAAACUGACAUCAUUGGCGAGCUUGGAUUGGAAGAUACAACAAGAUAUCUAGACAAAAUGAAACUGAUUUGGCAGUAUGAAGAGACCAAAAAAAGAGUUUUCAGAAUACAGCAACAGUUGGCUUUACAAGACCAUGAAUCUUGGCCAGGAAUGGUGGAGGCUGACAGAGAUCAUCUUCAGCUUAUUAAAGAAAAAGAGGCUCUCUUACAAGAACUUCAGCUUAUAAGUCAACAACAGCGUUCACCAGAAGACCUGGAACACAUAGAGGAGGAAAAAAGACGCUUGGAGGAGGAUAUCCAGCAGGCUCGGGCUACUUCUCCUCAUGGUGCUGCUGAAAGGAUACUCUUACAAGAGAAGAAUAAUUGUUUGCUUAUGCAGUUGGAAGAAGCAACUCGUUUAAGUUCCUAUUUAUGCUCACAAUUGAAAAGUUUAUCUGCCAGUUCUUUGACAAUAUCUUCUGGAAGCAGUAGAGGAUCAUUGGCAUCCAGUCAUGGGUCAUUGGCAUCCAGCAGAGGCUCCCUGAGUUCCGUUAGUUUCACAGACAUCUAUGGUCUCCCUCAGUAUGAUAAAUCUGAUACUGCUGUUGACUAUGGUCAUCAUAUGCGAUAUGAUCCAGUUUCAGUUGAUUUUCAUAACAAAGAUAUACAGUAUCAUGAGUCUAUUGGAUCUCCAGCUAGCAGUAAACAACAAAGAUCUUUAGAUACUCCUCUGUCUUUGGCAUCAUUGUCAUCAAGGUCAUCCCUUUCUUCACUGUCACCUCCAAGUUCUCCCCUGGAUACUCCCUUCCUACCUGCUUCUUGGGAUUCUCUAUUAGUCCACAAGUCAGAAGGGUACGAAGAAGUAACAUACACAGGUGCCUCAGAAAUACUUCGAGCUCAGGGCUCUGUUUUGGGUGAAGACAAAGGACAAGAAAUGGUGGCAUCUAAGGCUACUGAAUAUUCCACAAGAAAUGACGCAUUAUCAAUUAUCAAUAUUCCAAAUUCUGGUGCUGUGACCUUACGUGAAGAUAGCACUAGAAGAUUGGAAAGGAGAUCCAGGCGAGUCUCAGCAUGUCUGUCCAAUUAUUCAUUGGCUAGUGACAGUGGCGUGUUUGAAGCUUUAAGCAAAAGAAAUGAAGAUGUUGAAGAAUCACUUUAUAAUGAUGGUGUCACUAAUGAAGAGCCCAAAAUGCAGGUUGGAUUUCUGCAUGACAGUGGAAGUGAAUGUCUCCUUGUCCAUGUGUUGCAGCUAAAGAAUUUUACUGGCUUUGCCAUCAAAGAAGGCUGUAAAAUACACGUGAGAAUAUACUUACCAUCUGUUGAGUCAGGCACCACAACCACAUAUUGCUCUAAGGCUUUGGAAUUCCAGGCUUCGUUAAUAUUUAAUGAAGUAUUUCAGGUUCCUGUACAAUCAAAUACCUUAAAACUCAAAGUGCUUCAACUUUACAUUUGUUCACUUGGCCAGCAGCAACAAGAAGAAUUAUUGGGCAUUGCUCAGAUCAGCCUAGCUAACUAUGAGAGUUCUAGUGAGAUGCAGCUUUGCUGGUAUCCUGUUCAGACCUUCAUUGGUUCAGAUUGUGAACAAAAAAAAGAACAACCUAAACGUGAAGAAAGUGCUUCUCAUUCUAUUGAAAAUAAAAAUAUAAUGAAAAUGGAUGCUAUGGCAGAACUUUUAGCUAGGACAACAGCUCAACUGGAAGCUGUGGAGAGAGAACUUGCAGAGGAGAGAGUAAAACUGGAGUACACAGAAGAGGAAAUACUACAGCUGGAACAAAAACAAGAUCAAGGAGAAGCUGGGUCAGAGAGAAGCUGGCAAGCAGAAUCAGUUGAUAGUGGAUGUAAUAAUUGCAUGCAGUCCAGUCAUCACUUGGAGUCCUGUUGUGGUGAAUCAUUGCAGUUUCCUAUGUUUGCAUCUCAAACAGAUCAGUAUAUUUCUGGAAGAAAUCAGGCUCCAACUUUAAAGGUGGACAAGGACACUAAUACAGAAGAUCUUUUUCCUGAAGAAAUGGUUAUGCCUCAUAAAAACAGACUAGGCCGUCGAUCCCGUGGUUCUGCAUUUGUUCGUAGUAAUACUAUUGUUCGCUCACAGACAUUUUCACCUGGUGCACGAAGUCAAUAUGUUUGCCGACUAUAUCGUAGUGAUAGUGACAGUUCCACUUUGCAAAGAAAGUCACCUUUUAUACGGAAUACUUUGGAGAGGCAUAUGCUGCGUUAUAAGCAGCAUUCAUGUAGAUCAUCAUUGGCUGAUCUUAUGGAAAGGACAUCUCUAGACCUGGAGCUGGAUCUUCAGGCAUCAAGAACAAGGCAGAGACACUUAAAUGAGGAAUUAUCUAUUCUAAGAGAAUUGCGGCAGCGUCUGGAGGAUGCCCAGCUUAGUGGUCAAACUGAUCUGCCUCAUUGGGUCAUUCAUGAUGAACGAUUCCGAAAUUUGCUGAAGGAAGCAGAAAGGCAGACAAGGCAAACAAAAUUUGAUUAUCGUCAACAACAAGCAGCUGAAAAAUUGCUUAAAAAAGCUUCCAAAGAAGUAUACCAACUGCGUGGUCAAAAUCAAACGGAACCUUUUCAGGUGCAGACUUUCCGAGAGAAGAUGGCAUUCUUUACAAGGCCAAGGAUCAGCGUCCCACCUCUGCCAGCUGAUGAUGUAUAAUGAAUCAGCUCUGAAGCCAUAGGAGCAUUUG